CCCCCCCCCUCCCCACCUGUAGCCAUGGCCGUCAUUGAGCUGAAGGACGACGCGGACUUCACCCGCCAGGUGGUCAGCGACCGUACCGGCCGUCUGGUUGUCGUGGACUUCUACGCCAACUGGUGCGGCCCCUGUCGCGCGCUGGAGCCGCUCUUCGAGCAGCUCAGCCGAAACCAGCGCUACCAGAAUGCCGGCUUCUUCCGCGCCAACACCGAGACCCUCACCGAGUCCACCAGCCGCGAGCAGGUGUCCGGCUUGCCGACGAUCAUUUUCUACAAGAACGGCGGUGUCCUCGGCCGCGUCACCGGCCUCAAUAUGGCCGACAUUACGCGCAUGCUGAAUACCCACUGCCCGGAGAGCGUGUUUGCCUCCUCACAGCGCGGGCGUCGCCUGGGGGAUGCGCCGGCCGCCUCCGACUCGGCCACCUCCUCGCCGAGCCGCUCUUCCGAGAUUGAUCCAGCCACUCCCUGCACGGUGGCCAUCCACCUGCCGGAUGGGUCCCGGCCGCAGCGCGCCUUCACCGCGGGUGACACUCUACGCGAUGUGUUGACUUGGCUCGAGCGCGAGCACGGCAUCGGCAACUCCGCCAACUGGUCCCUCCAAUCCACGCGGCCGCUCCGCACCUACCAUGGUCAGACGCUCAACACCCUCCUGGCUGACACCGAGCUCCUGCCGCGAAUCCGCCUGGUGGCUCGGCCAAUGUCCGACGGUGCCUCCCGGUCUGGAGCCCCGGCCGGCCGGUCGACUGCUGCUGGUGCUUCCGCCGGCAGCGCCUCUGCCUCCGCCUCCGGGGCAUCGCGCUUCGGCCAUGGAAGUGCCCUCGAUCAGCUGGCCCAACGCCUGGGCCUGCAAAAUGCCUCCCAAGCCUUCAUGGCCAUUCUCCUGGCACUGACCACCUUGGGUUUUCUCUACCGGGCGCUCGUUGGCUACUAAGUGCCUCCCGGGUGUUGUGCGCCCCGGUCCGGCGCCUCGGAAUCCAGGCUAGCCCGAGAGGAUGCGCGCCAGGAGCCAGUGCUCCUCCCCUGGCUCUCCUCUCCCCUGCCCUCGCCCGCCCCUGAGCCGACGUACGUGGGCUCAUGCCGAUACGCGCGCACAAGCACGUACAUACACAUGUACAUACACACAUACACCAACGCAA